UCGUUAAAGGAAAAAGUUUCUUCCAGUCCGCGUUACAGAAGCUGAAUUCACAACUUGAGUUGGUCCUCUCUUGCUCACAAGCCAAGAGAGACACACUGAGAGAGACUUUAAAAAGUGAACAGAAGUGGUUGGAGGAAAAGAAGGAAGUGUUGAGGGCAGGCACUGAACAUGUGGUCAAACAGCGACUGGAAAACGAAAGGUUAUCWGAACACAGUGUGUUGCAGGACACCAAGAAGAAGAUCCAGAAGAUGAAGGAUUACCAGAACAGACUGAUGGAGACCCUGYCAGACGUACUGGCGGAACACUUCCCACUUCCUACGCAGGAGACCACCGCUGACAAGAAGAAAAAGAACAUUCCUCAAGAGCUGAACGAGAAUCUAAUUUCACUCAAUGAAGUCCUGGAGCUGCUGAUGAACACGACUCUGGAGACGCCUCACGAUCCCUACGUAUCGAUAGACGAGACGUUCUGGCCCCCGUACACAGAGAUGCUGCUGCGRCACGGCAUUGCACAGAGACACCCAGAGGACUGUUUCAAGAUCCGCCUGGAAYCCUUUUAUUAACAGUAACUGGUCAGACAUUUUGGUUCUAGUUUUGUCAGCGUGUAUAGCAGCCUGGUCCCAGAUGUUUGUGCUGUCUUGCCGUCUCAUUGUCAUGCCAUCGAUCAUAAGCGUUGGUUAUACAGUACAAACAGAUCUGGGACCAGGCUAGGUGUAUGGUAAUAUCAUGAGUAUGUAUUGAGAUAGUGGCUUGAUAGGUCACUGGUUUAUAGUGUUAUUUCCUGUGUUUCACAAUAGGUUAAUCUUUUUAAA